UCAGCGUGUGCGCGUGAGCGCGCCCCUCGCGCCCUCGCACCAACCCCCAAACCGACUUGUGCCCGUCAACUGCAUCUUCCCAGGCCGGUGCAGGGACACCGGCCAAGUCCCCGUCGUGUGUGGUGUGCCGAUGACAGCCGCGGGGCUUCCUUCCCCAAGCGGUCGCGGGCGGGCAGGAGGCAAAGUUUGUCGGAGAAUCGGGGUGACUUUGCUCGGGGACCCGCAUCUGCGCGAAUGCGCGGUGCCGCGGAGCGCGUCUCGUAGCAGCUCCCGGCUGGGGACCUGCCGUGUCCCUCGCUCCCGGAACCCCUUCAGGGGUGUGUUCUGGAAAAGUGGUGACUUGAGCUAGCGCUGGAGCGGCAGGAGGGAGCAGCUCGCACCCCUGCAGCCCGGGCGGGGAGGGCGCGGACCCCGAGGUUCUACCCUGCGGCCGCGAUGAGGGAACAGCCCUCGUUUGCCUGGCGCUGAUCUGUGGCGGUAGUGGAAUGCGAAAGCCAAGACGGAAUGGAAACAGGGCCUGAAGACCUCGGCAGGAUGCCUGAGGCAAGUUCUCCCAGGCGAACUCCACAGAAUGUUCCCUACCGGGACCUUCCUCACCUGGUCAAUGCAGAUGGACAGUACCUCUUUUGUAGGUACUGGAAGCCCAGUGGUACACCCAAGGCCCUCAUCUUUGUGUCCCAUGGCGCUGGUGAGCACUGUGGCCGUUAUGAUGAGUUGGCUCAGAUGUUAAAGGGGCUGGACAUGCUGGUAUUCGCCCACGACCAUGUCGGCCAUGGGCAGAGUGAGGGAGAGAGGAUGGUGGUAUCGGACUUCCAAGUUUUUGUCAGAGAUGUGCUGCAGCACGUGGACACCGUCCAGAAGGACUACCCUGAGGUCCCCGUCUUCCUCCUGGGCCACUCCAUGGGCGGUGCCAUCUCCAUCCUAGCGGCUGCAGAAAGACCAACCCACUUCUCUGGCAUGGUCCUGAUUUCACCCCUGGUUCUUGCCAAUCCAGAAUCUGCUUCAACCCUCAAGGAUAACCUCAAGAACAAGGCCAGCCCUAUUGAAAAGGCGACCACACUGACGACAAUUUGGAUCCCAUUUGCGUUCUACCUGUGGGUCCUUGCUGCCAAAGUGCUCAAUCUUGUCCUGCCAAACAUGUCCUUGGGGCGCAUCGACUCAAGCGUGCUGUCUCGGAACAAGUCAGAGGUUGAUCAGUACGACUCCGACCCACUCAUCUGCCGCGCAGGGGUGAAGGUGUGCUUUGGCAUACAGCUGAUGAAUGCUGUCUCAAGGGUGGAGCGCGCGAUGCCCAAGCUGACACUGCCAUUCCUGCUGCUGCAGGGUUCGGCUGAUCGGCUGUGUGACAGCAAAGGUGCCUACCUGCUCAUGGAAUCAUCCAGGAGUCAGGACAAGACACUCAAGAUGUACGAAGGUGCCUACCACGUUCUCCACAAGGAGCUUCCAGAAGUGACCAACUCUGUCCUCCAUGAAAUAAAUACAUGGGUCUCUCACAGGAUAGCCGUGGCAGGAGCUGGGUGUCCACCCUGAGCGUGCUGGUCAGGCAACCAGCUCGUGGUCUGGGGGAAGCAGGCAGAGGAAGGGCAGUGCUGGCUGGCUCAAAAAAAAAAAAAAAAAAUCACAAAUUGGAAGAAACCCUAGUACAAUUUACUUUGAGGAAGAAGAAAAAAAGAUAAUUUGUCGAUUAUAUGGCUACUGGCCACUGAUCUACCACCUUAAGGGGUAGGCACUUUGUGAAAGAAGGAGGGUAUUUUUCACACAGAGACUGUGUUGAGAUGUCCUUUGAAUUAAAAAAAAAAAAUGGAGCAUCUGCCCACCUCUCCCAGCUCCUGUGGGGUUCAGGGACUCGCUCGCAGUCCCAUGUCCCAGCCUGCAAUAAUCAGAGGUCUCUUUCCUCCUAUCCCAAGUCCUCUCUGACUGGCUGUUCUCUGGCAUGUGAUGAGGUAUCCCGUGUCCCCAAAGCUAGCUCCUUAGCAGGCUCACAUGCCCCUCCAGGGCACUUCCUCAAAAUGGGCAGCCACUCUAUGACCUGGUCAGGAACUUCUCAGAUGGAAGCCAGGCUGGGGGAAGGGAGGGUGGCCCUGCAUAGCUCUUCUCCCCACCCAGCUCUUCCUCCUGCUGGGGGUUUGUUCAUUCACAGCAUGAUGUAUGUAUUUAGAAAGGCACCUUUUCUUGGGUCAACUAAGUACUCCAUGCUGAGGAAGGUGGCUUCAGAGAUCAUUGUUUAAUAUAUAUGGUAUAUUCUAAAGUAAAGAUUAUAUGGGUGGGUGGGAGGGCAGAUGGCGCCUGGACAGCUCUGGAAGAGCUGGUACCCACACACAGGGCCAGUCUGCCAAGGGCCCCGGCCCCCUAUCUGAGGACUAGCUGGCUCUCCUUGUAGAGAAGUCACGGGAUGAAGAACUGUGGCCUGGGCCGUCCUUCUGUCCAGAGCCACUAGGAGUUGCUUGCCAGUAGCACAGCUACCUCUGGCGGCAGGCGAGACCCCGUGGUGCUGGCUGCCUGCCCAGAGCAGCACAGAGUACUCAAUGACUACCCGCAGACAUGGACCACAGCUGUCCGCAACACGUUCCAGACUGCAGCAGGAUGGCCAGGCCAGGCCUCACAGAGGCCACCCUGGGGCAGUGAAGUCCGAGCCCCCUGUCCUCUCAGGUGCCCGCUGAGGCCUGCCCCAGGCCUCACUUAGCGCCAGCAAUAACUGGGGCUCACUGCCCUCUUGGAGCACUUUCAUCUUUACAGAGGGGCUUGCAGUUACCUCAGGAGUCUUGUUAGUGCACAUAGGACCCUGGGAAGGAGAGGCUGUGUGGGCCCUUGAUCCUCCAGGAAGAUGGAAUCCAGGGCCCUAUGGUCUUGGAGGAGGCACCUGCCAACAGAGGCCCUGUUCUUUCUGGAGUUUAUUCUAGGUCCUGGGGAGGGCCCUCUGUCCUCUCCAGUGGCCCUGAACCAUGUAUGGCAGUCAGAAGCCAGCCACCUACUACAGGUCAUAGGGUCACUGUGCUCCUCAGCAGGGCCCAAACACUGCAUGCAGGGAAGGACCCAGGAGCUGUCCAGAGCCCCCUCUUGGCUCCACUUGUCUUUAGAAAAUGAAGACAUAAAGUGCUAAGAGGGGCAGCCAGCACUCCUGCUGCUCAGGGAGCCCUGGGCAGCAGGCAGGCAUGGGGUAUUCCUGCUCUCCAUCAAGAAAACAAAGGACCCACUCCAGACUACUGUGCCCCUGCGCCCAGAUCCGGCACGCUCACCAGGAGCCACCAGGGCUGCUCCCAAAAGCACAUGCUGACAACGCCACUUUUCCAAACCAAAUGUCAGCACCUGGGCUGGCUGCUUUUGUGCAUGACUUCCUUUAGAGAUGCAUUUGUAUCUGGUUAAAGAAUCACUAACACUAAAAGGGGGAGAAAUUAUCUGAAAUGGAACCUGGAAGAGGGGACAGGGGCAUGAAGGCCUCAUGUCCCUGCAGGACAAAAUCAGGACCAGCACAGAGCCCUGCCCUGUGCACUCCUCCCUUGGCACUGGAGGAGGCCUGACUAGCGGGGCAUCACAGUCACUCCAUCACCAGGAUGCAGAGGAAUUGGCAUGUGCAAAGAAGGUUGGGACACACAAGGCUUGGCCUGAAGAAGGUGGCAGGCAGCAAGGGGCCACUGAGAGCCCUCCCCGGUAAAGGAAGUGAAAACCAGAACCAAGCACUUGUAAGAACUUAGAGCCUCCUCCGACAAGGAUGGACUUAGUGCCUGAGAAGCUUUUUAGGAAAGGGUGCCACCUGCAGGUAGUGGGGUAUCUCAACCACAAAGCCCGGUUCCUCCUCAGAGAUGGGGGAACAGCCUCCUUCCACCAUGGCCCCUUCCACUUCUGGGCGUCUUGCGGACCACCACGAGAGCAGGGGAUGCUCUAACUCCACAGGGCUCACAUCCUGCCUCUAGGCCACCUCACACUUCCCUUUCUCUCCUGACUGCUGAUGUAACUUUCUAAGGCUCACAGUGGCUCACUGAUUUGUUACUGUCACCUGCCCAGUCACUCCCCAGGUAUACUAGUGGGGAGCCUGUAUCUCGGCUUAUAACUACUAAAGAAACCGGUGUGCGCUACAGCUCACCAUAAUAAACCACGUGCUUUUGGAGA